UUUAUCUAUUCCUUAAGUAAAAAAUUAUGAUGAAUUCUUUACUCCUGUAUACCGUAGAAUUGUGGGCGAAUAAUACACUAAGGAAUAAUUUUCACGUACUUCAUUUUGUGUCGAAUAUAAUUAAGAUGAUUGGAAUAAUAUUAUUAGUUUUCAGCUUGCUCUCAGCACUUGCAAUUAUAACAGGAAGUGAAGCAGUACACAUAAAUGUAAUAGAAGGGAAUAAAACAUAUAAAACAAUAUAUUGCACUAUGCCUCAAAUAGUUCAAGUGUCAAACGUCACGGAUACAACAUGCAACAUUUUUUGGAAUAAACCUAUUGGUGGUGACGAAUUUUUAGAUUAUGAUAUAUAUUCAAGUAAAGAUGAAGAGAAUAUGUCUCGUUACUUUCGUAUAACUUCUCUUAAGAAAAUACGUUUUUCAAUUCCGAAUCUUGAACCUGGCUCUAAAUAUAAAAUCACCGUGAUAUCUAAAAUUUACAACCAAAUCCUUACUCAAAACUCUACGGAUUGCAUCACUAGAUCUAACAUAGGUCCACUCAGGGUAGUAGAAGUAACGACUACAUCUUGCAAACUUCAAUGGAGAAAACCAAACAAUGACAGCGAGAUCAUAACGUACUUUAUAACACCACGUGGAGAAGGCAUGACUAACAAUUUUAAGAUUCACAACUCAAGUCAUCACUUCAUAGAUUAUACGGUCCAGAACCUUAAAUCUGGAUCUAGAUAUAAUAUUUCAGUGUAUGCGAACCUUAACAAUCUUGAACCAAUAUCAACGACAUGCGAUACUUUGUCGUCAAAUAUUGUUUCUGAGGCAGUCAAGGUUUUAUUUGUCACGAAUACAACAUGUGAAAUUACUUGGAAGAAACCUACGGAGAGUAAUGGUUUGGUACGCUACAUUGUAGAUGUUUCUGGAAUAAAGAUAUUAUCACUGUUUUUUUACAGCAUUGAUAAGCAAAUAUCUAUCUUAAUCGAGCACCUUAAUCCAAGUUCAAAAUAUUAUAUUACUAUAUUUGCGAAAAUAGGCAAACAACAAUUUUCUCCAAUUCAUACGAUUUGCAAUACUAAACCUUAAUUGAGUAUUAAACCAAUUUUGCAAUACAUCAAUAAUUGUUGAAAAUAUUUAAAUAAACAUAUGUUGUAAACUUCCAAGAGAGAAAAAUUGUCUCAACUGCAAAAAAUUGUGUGAAAUAAAAAUUACAUUCAUGUU